AUGACAAAGAGCAAGAGGCGGGAGCGAUACCAGGCCGGCGGCCGCCAGGUGGCGCGCAAGCUGCGUGGGCCCUGGUGGCCGCAGCCACGUGACCCCGGGGACCGCAGCCGCGAGCCAAAGCACGUGCCCGAGGGAGCCCUGUGGCGCCACGCGCAGAUUGGCCCCUUCGGCGCCUCACCAGCUCGCCACCCCGGGGCCCGGCUAUCCGCGCGCGCGUCCUCGGGCUCGGGCCCGUCCCCGGCCCUCGAGGGAGCCGCCGCCUUCAUCGACACCUCUGCAGCGGCCGCGCCAAAGGCCGCCCGGGCGGGACCCCGGAGUGAGCAUCGAGCGCCCCCCAAGGAGUGCACGACCCCCGGAGCCGCCCUCAACACGGACCGCGCCCGCCGGGCACACAAGAAUGGUCACUCGGGUGUGGCCUGUUAUCUCCAGCAGAUACUCGGGGCCAUGGAGUCUCAGGUGGCGGGGGGCCCGGCCGGCCCGGCCCUGCCCAACGGGCCACUCCUUGGUACAAAUGGAGCCACUGAUGACAGCAAGACCAACCUCAUUGUCAACUACCUGCCCCAGAACAUGACCCAGGACGAGUUCAAGAGUCUCUUCGGCAGCAUUGGUGACAUCGAAUCGUGCAAGUUGGUUCGGGAUAAGAUCACAGGGCAGAGCCUCGGUUAUGGGUUUGUGAACUACUCUGAUCCCAACGAUGCAGACAAAGCCAUCAACACCCUCAACGGCCUCAAACUGCAGACGAAGACCAUCAAGGUGUCUUAUGCCAGACCCAGCUCUGCAUCCAUCCGAGAUGCUAACCUGUACGUCAGUGGACUCCCCAAGACCAUGAGCCAGAAAGAAAUGGAGCAGCUCUUCUCCCAGUAUGGCCGUAUCAUCACUUCUCGAAUCCUGGUGGACCAGGUCACAGGUGUCUCUCGGGGUGUGGGGUUCAUCCGCUUCGACAAGAGGAUUGAGGCCGAGGAGGCCAUCAAAGGACUGAACGGGCAGAAGCCGCUGGGCGCGGCGGAGCCCAUCACGGUCAAGUUCGCCAACAACCCGAGUCAGAAGACUGGACAGGCCCUGCUCACUCACCUCUACCAGUCGUCAGCCCGGCGCUACGCGGGCCCCCUGCACCAUCAGACGCAGCGCUUCCGGCUGGAUAAUUUGCUCAACAUGGCCUACGGAGUCAAGAGUCCCCUGUCGCUCAUCGCCAGGUUCUCGCCCAUCGCCAUCGACGGCAUGAGUGGCCUCGCGGGUGUGGGCCUUUCGGGGGGCGCGGCGGGCGCUGGCUGGUGUAUCUUCGUGUACAACCUGUCACCGGAGGCAGACGAGAGUGUGCUGUGGCAGCUGUUUGGGCCCUUCGGGGCCGUCACCAACGUCAAGGUCAUCCGCGACUUCACCACCAACAAGUGCAAGGGCUUCGGCUUCGUCACUAUGACCAACUACGACGAAGCGGCCAUGGCCAUCGCCAGCCUCAAUGGCUACCGCCUGGGCGAGCGCGUGCUGCAGGUGUCCUUCAAGACCAGCAAACAGCACAAGGCCUGAGCCACCGCCGCCCGCCCUCCCCACCCUCCCCGGGCAGCAGAGAGAGAGAGAAAGAGAGAGAGAGAGGGGCCCCGAGAGAGACAGCGCAGGCAGACCACCGACGGCACACGGGCCCCGCAUCCCUGCGGAAGCCACAGGGUGAGCACUCGGGGUGGGAGAGUCUGCAGGGGAUGGGGGGGUGCCUGGGGGUCCCCUCCCCGUCCUCCUGCCCCCACCCCAGGCUGGGCUGUUCACUCUCUCGUCUUGGUUUUGUUCAUGGCGAUGGUUUUUGUUUCUUUUUUCGGCUAAAAAGAAAGCAGAGAUGUGCCCCCACCCCGCCUUCAACCACCCUCCACGGGAUGGCUUUGCAGGGGCGCUGGGGGUGCCCCCCAGACCCCCUUGCCCAGGCCUCCCCAACACCUAGAUGAGCCUGAGGGGAGGGGGGAACAGGUUUAAAAAUCCCCAAAAAAGCGAAACGGAGGAGGGGUGUGGGCAUCCCUGGCCCAGAGCCCCCUGGUUGGAGUAUGAGGAGCAGGGGGAGGGGCUGGAA